CGUAAUUUUCCAGUCCUAGAAAUCAGAAAGCUAAAAACCUUUCAUUUUUCAUCGCUCGCCUACCGUUUUUCUUCUGCAUUAGAGAAAACGAAUUUCUCCCGUCAAUGCGGUAACGAAGGCUCUUCGACAGAGAAAGAGCAGAUUCAACAGAAACAGAGCCGAACCGCAUUCACGGGACUCACGCUGCAGAAGAGAGAAAAAAAAGGGCCAAAAUCAAUCUCCUUCAUGGCGGCCUCUGCAACCUUCACCACAUACACUCUUCGUCUCUUCGCUCUCCUUCAUGUCUUCCUCUUCUUUACCCCCUCAUUUUCGGCUGCCGCAGGAAAUGCCACCCCGAAGACACCCGCCUGCCACAACAAAACCAAGGGGGUUUUGGUGAAGAGCUGGAUUGAUGGUUCUAAAGGUGAAAUAUUAGAAGGAUUAAGUGCUAAAUUUGGUGCUUUUGUGCCAACUCAGGAAGACAAAGCUCUAAAGUUGCCUGCUGUUUCUGCAAAUCCCUUAAAUUGCUGCUCUAGUUCCUCUUCUAAGUUAUCCAAUUCUAUUGCCUUAUCUAUGCGUGGUGAGUGUGUAUUCACAAUUAAGGCAGAAGUUGCACAAUCUGGAGGUGCAUCUGGUUUACUGGUGAUAAAUGAUUCAGAAGAUAUAAGUGCUGGAAUGCCAUGCUAUGGAAAUGAUACUUCUCUUAAUGUCACCAUUCCUGUUGUGUUGAUCCCAAAGUCAAGUGGUGAGGCUGUCAAGAAAUUAUUUGAAGCUGGACGGAAGGUGGAGCUUCUAUUGUAUUCUCCCGACAGUCCAAAUGUGAACUUGUCACAGUUUUUUUUGUGGAUGAUGGCUGUUGGGACCGUUAUCUUGGCGUCUGUUUGGCCUGUGUUCGUCGCAUAUGAACAAAAUGAUGAUCCCUAUAAUCAGUUGACACCGAAGGAAUCUGCCGGAGCAUCUGAUUCUGAGAGUGAAAUCCUUGAUAUUAAUGUAAUGGGUGCUGUAAUAUUUGUCAUCAUAGCAUCCACCUUACUAGUGCUACUCUUCUACUUUGUCUCAUCUUGGUUCGUCUGGGUGCUGAUCGUACUUUUCUGCAUCGGUGGUACUCAGGGGAUGCAUACAUGCAUAAUAACUCUGAUAGUGAGAAGAUGUAGAAGCUGUGGGCGGACGACUGUAAAUGUUCCCAUGAUUGGGGAAACAUCCAUUCUCUCUAUCGCAUUAUUACCCCUCUGUGCGGCACUUGCAAUUUUCUGGGCCGUAAAACGUCAGGCAUCAUAUGCCUGGAUCUUUCAAGAUUUGCUUGGUAUCUGCUUGAUGAUUAAUGUCCUGCAAGUUGCUAGGUUACCAAAUUUAAUGGUUGCUUCAGUACUUCUUUGUUGUGGAUUUUUUUAUGACAUAUUUUGGGUCUUUGUCUCACCGUACAUCUUUGGCAAAAGUGUUAUGAUUGCAGUUGCUCGUGGUGGCUCUAAGAAUAAUGCCAUUCCUAUGGUUUUAAAAUUCCCUAAAAUUUUUGAUCCAUGGGGUGGCUAUAGCUUGAUUGGCUUUGGCGAUAUUCUCUUCCCUGGUUUACUUGUUUCCUUUACUGUCAGAUAUGACAAAUCAAAUAAGAAGGAUAUUUUAAAUGGAUAUUUCCUUUGGGCAACAAUUGGCUAUGGGUUUGGUCUUUUUCUUACUUACCUUGGCUUCUAUCUAAUGGAUGGGCAUGGUCAACCUGCACUUCUCUACCUUGUCCCAUGUACACUAGGGACUGUUGUGGGACUGAGCUUGUGGAGGGGUGAUCUGAAGGACCUGUGGAGCUUUAAGAGCUCACCACCUUCAAGUAAAACUUCUGCAGAAAUUUGAAGCAUAAUGUCUUGUUCUAUUCAAAUCAAGACAAGAAACGGCCCCUUUGGAUCUGAUGAAGCUUCUGAUGUACUAGAGAUUGCAGUAGCAAAUGCUAAUUCCUUCAUAACAAGGUCAACUCUUUGAGAGAUGGAAUGCACAUUGAUAAAAUGAAAGAGGAAUUUUGAUUAUCAGGUGAGCAAUUAGUUGUCGUGUGUCAUGGUUUCAUUGUUUCUGUAAGCAAAGGCGUCAGUUUUUUCCAUUCUCUUGUAAUUGUAAUAUAUAGUGAUUAUUUCUGCUAAUAUUCAUUUUAAGAAACUCUAUCAAUAUUUAUUGGAAUUCUGUGAUAGAACAAAUUGCACUAAAACCUCCUUUGUCUUGAGGUAGAACUUGUCUUCUCUCUUGUAAUUGUAAUAUAUAGUGAUUAUGUCUGCUA